AGCCUCAGGUUGGCUCCGUUUAUCCCGUAAGGGUCCGGAGCGCGCGUCGGGGUCCGGGGGCCUGCUCGUGAAGCCGCGAGGGGAGGCGCCGUCCUCGGCGCACACAGUCGGGUCCCGGUGUCCGCUCCGCUCCGGCCCCGCUGCCGGCCCACCGAGUCCGAUGGCGGCGGCCGCGCCCAGGGAGCCGCCGCAGUGCGGCGCGGCCAGGGAGGCCCGCGCUGCCCGAGAAGCCCGGCCCUCCUGGCGCUGCUGAGGCGGUCUCCGCCCGGGGUCAAUAGGCGUGGUCUGGCCGCGAGAGAGGAGAGCCCGCCGCGGGGGUGAGCGAGGAGGCCGGGCGCGCGGGAGGAGGGAAUCGCGGUAGUCGGCGGUGGAGUCCGCGGACCGCUGCUCUGCGCGCGGUGGCUGUUGGCGAACCGGUGGACUCCCGGUCUGUGUUUUGAGAAGGGCCGCGGCAAGUGGUGCGUGUUGCAGGGUGGUGUGACCUUUGAGGACAUUGCCGUGUACUUCUCCUGGAAGGAGUGGAGGCUUCUUGAUGAGGCUCAGAGACGGCUGUACCACCAUGUGAUGCUGGAGAACUUUACACUUAUAUCCUCACUGGGUUGCUGCUGUGGAGCAGAGGAUGAGGCACCCUUUGCCCAGAGCACUUCUGUAGGCGUGUCACAGACCAGGACGCCCAAGGCAGCUCAGUCUUCCCGGAAGACCCACCCCUGUGAGAUGUGUGGUCCAGUCCUGAGAGACAUUUUCCACUUGUCUGCGCACCAGGGAAAAGAAAACAGCCAGAAGCUGUUGAGGUGUGGGGCCUGUGGGAAACGAUUUUAUUUCAGUGUAAAGUUUCAGCAGCAGCAGGAGCAGCACGUGGCAGCAGAACCCUCCAGAAGCCGUGUGGACAGGGCCUCUGUUGUGAAGAGCUGGGGAUUCCAUGGUUCAGGAAAGCCCCUUACCUGUGGAGAAGUUCAGAAGGACUUCCUGUCUGGCUCGGGGCAUCUGCAGCAAGAGGCCACUGAUACUGGGGAGAAGCCACACACGAUCACCCAGCGCAGGGCAACUUUACAAAGCAGAAAAAGUCAUGACACUUGGGGAGAAUGCAAGAACACCUUUGGUCCCAAACACACACAUAAUCGGGAGCAGGGUGUCCACCUUGGAAGACAGUCCUUUGUGUGUAGUGAAUGUGGGAAAACAUUCAGGUACAAAUCUUUAUUUGCCAUACACCAGAGAUACCAUACUGGAAGAACACACGAGUUUGGUCAAUGUGGAAAAUCGCUUAAGCAGACGCCAACGCUGAAGGAACAUGGAAAGACUCACAGUGCAUCCAGGCAGUACACGUGCAGCAAAUGUGGGAAAUCCUUAGGCCACAAAUCUGUCCUCAUUCAUCCCCAGGGAUGGCACAGUGGAGUGAAGAGUUACGUUUGCAGUGGAUGUGCAAAAGCUCUUAGCUGUAGCUCAGUGUUGAUUACUCAUAGGGUUGAGUCUGGAGAAGGGUUUUUUAAGUGUCAUGGCUGUGCAAAAUCUUUUCCCUCUAUGUCUGCCCUCUCCUAUCAUCAAAGAUCUCAUGCAGGGGAAAGACGGUAUGAGUGCGGUGACUGUGGAAAAUCUUUUACCAGUAGUUCUGCCCUCCGUUCUCACCAGAGAGUUCACACUGGUCAAAAGCCUUAUAAAUGCAAUGAAUGUGAGAAAUCUUUUGCUGGUAGUUCUGCCCUACGUUAUCACCAAUCAAUUCAUAGUGGAGUAAGGCCUUAUGUGUGCGGUGAAUGUGGGAAAUCUUUUGCUGGUAGUUUUAUCUUACGUUAUCACCAGAGAGUUCACACUGGAGAAAGACCUUAUGAGUGCAGUGAAUGUGGCAAAUCCUUUAUCCGAAAAACAAGCCUCAGUGUACACAUAAAGGUUCACUCAGGUGAAAGGCCUUAUGAGUGUAAUGAAUGUGGGAAAAAUUUUACUGCUAGUUCUGCCCUCCGUCAUCAUCAGAGAGUUCACACUGGAGAACGGCCUUUUGAGUGCUGUGAAUGUGGGAAAUCUUACACUGCUCGUUCUGCCCUCCGUUCUCACCAGAGACUUCAUACUGGGGAAAGGCCUUAUGAGUGCCGUGAAUGUGGGAAAUCUUUUACUUUUAGUUCUGCCCUAUCUUCUCACCGGAGACUUCAUACUGGACAAAGGCCUUAUGAGUGCUGUGAAUGUGGGAAAUCUUACACUGCUAGUUCUACCCUCCGUUCUCACCAGAGACUUCACACUGGAGAACGUCCUUAUGAGUGUCGUGAAUGUGGGAAAUCUUUUACCAGUAGUUCUGCCCUCCGUUAUCACCAGAGACUUCACACUGGACAAAAGCCUUAUAAGUGCAGUGAAUGUGGCAAAUCUUUUAUCACUAGUAAUCAACAUCGUGCUCACCAGAGAGUUCACAGUGGAGAGAGGCCUUAUGAGUGCCCUGAAUGUGGCAAAUCCUUUCCCCGAAAAGGUAGUCUCAGUGUACACAAAAUGGUUCACUCAGGUGACCGGCCUUAUGAGUGUAAUAUAUGUGCCAAAUCAUUUAUUGCUAGUUCUGCCCUCCGUCGUCACCAGAGAGUUCACACUGGAGAAAGGCCUUAUGAGUGUAAUGAAUGUGGGAAAUCAUUUACUGCUAGUUCUGCCCUCCGUUAUCACCAGAGACUUCACACUGGACAAAAGCCUUAUAAGUGCAGUGAAUGUGGCAAGUCUUUUAUCACUAGUAAUCAACAUCGUGCUCACCAAACUGUGCACAGUGGAGAGAGGCCUUAUGAAUGCAGUGAAUGUGGUAAAUCCUUUCCCCGAAAAGAUAGCCUCAGUGUACACAAAAAGGUUCACUCAGGUAAACGGCCUUAUGAGUGUAAUGAAUGUGGGAAAUCAUUUACUGCUAGUUCUGCCCUCCAUCGUCACCAGAGACUUCACACUGGAGAAAGGCCUUAGAGUGCUGUGAAUGUGGGGAAUCUUAUCAGUCAUCGUGGUUUUAGAUACCAUUCCAGUCUUCACACUGCAGGAAGGAUUUAAAAUAGCACAGAAGGUGAUACUUCUUGCUUAGUAUAGUUUCGGCUGGAGGACAACCUCUGAGGCAGCCACCUACCUGACUGGAACGUGGUUCACCCAAAUGUCUGCAGUGGAGUGACUUCCCAUAAGUUCCAGCUAUUUUCAGAAAAAUUCAGAACCUGCAUUGUGCUUUCUGAUGUGCAUGCAGUUAUUGCACGAUGGACGUCCCUGUCAGUGUCUGUGGCAGAAGUCCUUUCACCUCUGCCACCUGGCGGUUCCCAUAGUGUGCCUAAGUCACCACCCCAACAUGGUUAAUGAUGCUGACCUGUCUGCUUUCUCGUUUGCGCAUCUAAAUUAUGGGUAAUUGGAACUCCUCAUUCUGUUCUAAAUUAGGGCAUGGAUGUGACCCAAUGUUGGUCCACAGUGGGUGAUCUGAGUUCUGGGUGGUGACUUGCACAGGAAGACUAAAUCCCAUGGGGAUGUUACUGGUCUCACUCUGCUUUGAUGACUCUAGCUCCCAGGUCACCACACAGGAAUUAGGUGCCACGUGUUGCUCUGGUUGAUGCAUUAGUAAACGCCAUCUUGGUUUAGUUUAAUCUUGUACAUUUUGUGCACUCUAAGGGGUGGUUUGAAAGCAGGAUUGGGCUCUCCCCACAUGAGGGAACGAGUAGAUUGCACAUCCCAAACUUGUUCUGUCUGAGGAUAAUUGCAAAUAAAUAAAUAAUAUCGACAUACAUAUAUAAAUAAUUCAGCUUCUGUGUUAAUUUGCAUUAUAACCCAAAACCUUUGUGAUGGACUGAAUUGUUUACAGUCUCAGAUGUGUCAGAGAAGAGUGAGUCAUGGAAUCAAGUAGGGAGCUGGACAGCAAAGUUUGGGAAACUGGGGGAAGGUUUCAGGAUGGAGGGUUGAAAAAGUGAUGGCUCCUGUGUGGGCCGGGUGGAGAUUUGGCUCACAUUUAGGAAGGGAAUGCAGGGCGUAGUGGCAACGCUGCCGGUAGGUCAAGCAUCCUCCUAAGAGGUGCUGAAGAGUGGUUCUCUUGCGCAGCACGUGGUUGUGGUUGAUGGGCAUUGUCAACAUGAGUGAAGGAGAGAGAGAUCUGGCAGAUGAUGGCCAAGGUUCCUUGGGAUGAUUGGAAGAGAUGGCUGAGGACAUCUCCGAUUGAGACAAGGUGACAGGCGGGGGCUGCUCUCUGUCCCGCGUUCUAGGGCUUCACCAGAAUCUUGUGGUCAGCUUCUAUGGUGUCUGGGGUGUUUCUGAGUCUUCCUGCUAGAAAAAGUCUGGGGCAAAUGUCAUUUGUGGUCCCUCCCUGUGCCUGGCAGGGAGACCCUUAGGGCUGGGGUUUUCACAAAGGUUCAGUAGAGGAUGAUUGGUUCCCGAUUGUGGCGGGACAGCGUGGGCAGCAGAGAAGUGGAAGAGGGUCUGUGAGUAUCCGAAGCUGACCGUGGUUGUGAGUGUCUGUUACUGAAGGGAGGGUUACAGGCAGCUGAGGAGGGCUUCUCAGCAGCAUUUGAGGCUUUCCCUGUUUUGGGAUCCAUGGGAGUACUGGGUGGGACUGGAACCUGUUUGAGUUUGUCAAACAUCCUGUGGAUGUCACGUGACAAGUACGAGUGUGAGUCAAGGGAGGAUCCUUUGUUGUGGGGCAGGAAGGUGUGGGAGUUCAUCUGUGGGGUCUGAAGACGUGAGAGUGGUAGAGUCUACAGAAUCCUGUACACGUGGAGGGGAAGUGUGAGCUAAGGGCCUCAGCGCCCUGGUACUGAAGACUUCCUGGUAAGGCAGGGCGUAUAAUUGGCUGUCUUGAGGGCACAACGUGGGAGACUCCAUGGGAAUACCGUGGCAGGGGGAUGACCUUGCAGGCCAGACCCAGAGCUUAGAGUGCAUCCGUGUGUCCCCCUGCCUGUUGCUGCUGAGGACUGAACACAGUGACUGAUGGGAAGGUGAGAGGAGCGUGGCAUUAGAGGCCCCAGGACCUGGUAUUUAUUCUGAGGUGGGGAGUCUGGGGUGGAUGUGUGGGGGGUGGGUUAUGGGUUCUCAGAGAAUGUUCAUGGUUACAUUGGUCACUUUCACGAAAGGGUGGUGUGACCUUCAAGGACAUUGUCCUACACUUCUCCUGUCAUCAUUCAUUUUAUAGAUAGCCCAGUAGAAAAAACUGUUGUGGGGCGCCUGGGUGGCUCAGUUGGUUAAGCGACGGCCUUCGGCUCAGGUCACAAUCCUGGAGUCCC